AUAAUUUAUGCGGAAACGGAAAUUCCAAUAUUAGAUGCGCAAAACUAUUGCGCAGAUGUUCAAAAGUUCAGAGGCACAGAACGAAAUAAAAAAAUAGAAACAGAAGGAAAUAUCCAUCAUGUUUUACCACAAAGUGUACAUGAACCAGAUCCACUCUAGUUCUCUUCUCUGCCAGUUAGCUUCCAUGUGGAAGAACCAGGUCCUCUGUGAUGCAGUCAUAAAAGCUGGAAACAGUCACAUCAAGGCACACAGAGUAGUACUGGUUGCAGCAUGCCCUAUGCUACAUUCAAUGAAGAAUGCUUCUGUGGGCUCCAACUUAGAGGUGAGACUGGCAGCAGAUAUUAAGCCAGAAGCCAUCAACACUUUUCUUCAAUACCUGUAUGAAGGUUUCAUGAUGCUGACAGAAGAAAACUGUAAAGAUGUGGAAAAAAUUGCACGGGUCCUUCAGGUUGAUAGCAUUUUAAAAUGCUGUGCUGAUUUCUACAAAUGUCUACAUACUGGUGAAAAGUAUGAGUAUAGUUUCCAUGACAAUGUUGAAUUCAGGCAUGUCAGAGCAUCAGACCUUCUAAAAGUUCAUGAUAGAAGUAAGAGGGCCUCUGAUUUACAGCCAGCAAGCCCAGGAAUUAAACGCCAAAGAAUUCAAAGCAGAGGGGGCUCUGAUUCCUUCAGUGAUUAUGGAGCAAGUGACCCAUGGGAUAGAGUUCCAAGAGAAUAUUCAGGGAGUUCCUCAGCAAGAACAACUCAGCCAGGGGUCAUUGAGAUAAUGGAGGACAGUGUGGAAAUUGUACAUUCAGAUAAACCAGAGGAUUCAGGGGGGACCCGAAGAGACAAUCUUCAAGACAGAAUGUCAUUAUCUGUAGCAAGUCAAUUAAAAUCGACUAAUGAUGUACAGAUUAUCAAUGUUUCCAGUGGAGGAGAUGCCUCACAGCGGAUUUCAAACAGUUCAGACUCAUCACGAUUUUCAUCUCAUCCAACUUUUACCCAUUCUCAGGGAUCAUCAAAUAUGAGUUAUCGGCAUGAUCCUAGCUUCCCCAAUCCAAGCAGUACUUCAAGUACCAGGCUUCCCUCAUCUCCAUCACCACAUUCUAGAAUGCCAUCACCUUCAUCAGCCUAUCAUCCUCAACAAAGAAACACUACAGCACAUUCUCAACCAAAGCCAUUUGCAGCAGGAAAUGCAACACAGGCAUCAAAGAGUUACAACACACCAUCACCAGUUGAACAAUUACGCCCAGGUUCUCAGGAUCAGUCAAGAGUAACAGCAGGAGCAAGCACAGUGUCUUUUUCUUCACCAUCUUCUUCACUGGGAGCUCCUCCAGCUUCCUCCCCAUCCACCUCCACACAACCUCCACAACCAGUUGCUUUAUGGCGGAGUACCAGUUCAGAUGCUGUAGCUUCAGGGCCAGCACCAGUGCCUCAGCUGACAGAGAAACCAUUACUUCAACGGUCAGAAAGCACACCUGCCACAACUGGUGCAGAUAUAUCCAUAGUUAAAGUGGAAAGUGAGGUGACAUUUGAUGAACAGUUCCAUGGUGAUGACCCAAAUAUAACCUUUGACCCAGAAGACCAAUCAGGAGACUGGAACAGAGAAGAUACUUCCAAUGAAGAGAGCAAUGCAAGUGAGGACAAGAUGCCUCAGUGGAUGGCAGAGAGUCUAAAAGCAUACAGAUCAGACGAGGAUAGACCCUCUUCCUCGGGCGAGGAACCAGCGGCGGGCAGAAGUAAGCUCUCCGAAUACAUCGAUAAGUUACACGAUCUUCAAACAAAGGCGAUGUAUUUUGACAUGAUGCGCAACAGACCAAAAAUAUCAAUUCCGGUGGAAGCUUCAGAGGUUACCGAAAGUGCCGAUACCUCGGAAGUUUUGAAGGGACUGGAUUUGACCAUUAGAUCUUCACAGCAAAAACAUGUACCAAUUUACAACAAAGACAGGAAGUACACACCGUGUCUGUACUGUGGGCGGCUGAAGAACAGAACACGAUCGGGGUGGCGUGUGAACACUUUUUACCGUUGUCUGCAGUGUGACGUCCCACUUUGUGUUAACGAUCGGAACUGUUUUGUACUCUAUCAUAAAUAUUUUCUUGGAAUGAGUAAUGUGGAAUCUCCUGGACGUCGUCGAUCACGUGAUCUUAGUCAUUUGGAAGUGAAAAAAGAGACAAAUGGCUGAGUUGCUUUUUGUCAUUUUCUAAAGAAUUCAUAUUAUUCAGUCAUAUUAUAUUGUCUUAUAAUAUGGAGUGAUAUAUUUGUACUAGAAGUAUAACCUGUAUUAUUGUGUCAUAUUGAAUUAAGCUUUAAAUUACAGCUUAAUAAUGGAGACCAGAAAGUGGCGUGUUCAGAGUCUUGACCAAGCGAUCUGAUGAUGCUUAAAAUGGUGGUAAAUGGAUGUUUGUAUUUUAUCUACAUUAAGGCUUAAACAUAUUCUGUCAUUUGUUUACAAAUGUUUUGAGCAGUCUUAAAACAUAACUUUAUAGGACAAAUCUCUGUAUACCAAUCGUCGCAAACUACGGCCAAAAUGAACGAUCCUCUCCCAUUCUGGAGGAGAGAGCUAUAUGCGGACUCCAGACCAUGGUUUGAGACGAUGCUGUAAACCGAGACUUUGAAUUACUGCUUUUUUCGUGUUAUGUAUUUUACAAUCAUUUGUUAUGCAUCAUAUUUGUUGAAUUUUUUCUGGAGUAUUUAGGUACUCAAGACCCAAGUUAGAUUUUUUUUGGACAAAAUAUACCUUGGUUAUUGAUUUUUACUAGAAGGAAGUUUUACGCCUUCCACAGUAAUACCGGUUUUAAACUUUGAGUUAGUUGUCUUUUUUUAUUAUUGCUUAUAGUAAAAUGUUUUAUCACCUUUAUAUUCUCAUUCUUAUCUCAUGAAAUGACUCAAACUUCUAAAUAACCGCCAAACGCACAAUAAACUUGUCUUUGAUUUUUGAAAGGAAAAUGAAUAUAACAGUAUUACAGAUAUUUUAUUUUGUUCGUUUAUCUCAAUUUUAUACCGGUGAUGUGAUCCCUGUUACUAACUUUGCUUUGAUAGUAUGUGUUAUAGGGGUCCCAAAAAGGUGUAUUCAGGAAAUAUUUGUUUCAGGGAUGUAUCUCAUUAAGUAGAUUUCUGAAACUUGACCGCACACGUAAUUUUAUUUAACGUUUAAAACGUAUUUUGUAAAAUAUGAUAUUCAGGAAUGCUACCCCUUUUAAUUGGUUUUUCAUUUUGUAUUUUUUUAUAUUCAGAUUUACUCAUUGUUACAGAGAAUAUCGAAUUGGUCUGUUCUGUCCAGUGGUUGUUAUAUCUUUUUGUUAUGUGGAGAAUGUAAAAGGGAAUUUCCAUAAUUUUCCCCCACUAACUUUUUUAUGAUAAAAAAAAAAUAUAUUAAUUUUGCAUUUGGCGAUUUUGCUUUUAAUCUUCAUUUUUUUUUCUUAUAGAAUAUAAACAUUUAUUAUAUUUUAUAAAUAUGUUUUAAAGAGUUCAAAAUUUUCUUUGCACAUGUUGUAUUUCUAUUUAUUUUGGCUCUAUGUGUAGGGU